AUGCAGAACAACUCGGUUCUACUUAUCCUCUCUAUUCUUUCGAUUCUUCAACAUGUUUCGACGACGGAUAAUGCUGCUGCCAGGUCCAGGUGCUGGACAUCCGGAAACGGACGGGCGGCUCAAUGGUGGCCAGAAGGGGAGCAGGUGACACGUGGCAAGUUUUUCUACGAGUGUAGACGUGGACAGUUGGAACCCCUUGGAUGUUUGAGCAGCACGGAGCAGAAGAUCGCAAUUGGAGCCACCUUCCAGCAGGAUGGAUAUGAGUUUGUGUGCCAGCUGGGAAGCGACGGUUACAUCGAAUUCGGCUACAACGCUUGCGUCGCCUCAGAUGGACGUACCUAUCAGAAGGGAGAGACUUGGACGGAUGCCAAGAACACCUACUACUACCGAUGCCGUGACGACGGACGUGUCGUGAAGACCACCAUCGAGGGAUGCAUCGCUCACGACAAACAACGACGAGUCCCACUCGGACAGACCGACGAUUUCAACGGAUACACAUACAAAUGCCAACAAAAGACGAGCGGAGUUGUGCAAAUGUGCAGUGUUGGAUGUAUUCAUAAUGGGCAGAGAUAUUCUAUCGGACAACAGUAUAAGGACGGCGACUACGUGUUCUAUUGCAAACUGCAAGGCGGCAAGUGUACGAAACAAUGCAUCGGAUGUGUCGAUGGAAACGGACAGAAUUUGUAUGAUGGUCAACGGUAUAAGAGGGAUGGAACCACUUAUCAGUGCGAGAUCCGUCCAGGAAAGCGAAGCCACCGCGCCGUCGGAUGCAACAUUGUCGAGAACGGACGCGACAUCAACAAAGUGAUCGGAUGCAGAUGGUACGAGCAGUCUCCAGAUUCCAAAAUCGAGAAGACGUGCGAGACGGACGGUCCAAACAAGACAAAGGUGACGACAGUCGGAUGUAUCUACAAGUACAAAGGAUUCGACCGUAUCUUUCUUGAACCCGGAAAGUACACAAUUUGGAAUUUGCCAAAACAAAAGGAGAGCUCGGUGGGACUCGCGUGCCGUAAGACCGCCGAUGGCGCCGAGUUGGUCGUUUUCGACGUUGCUCAGCUGGAACGAAACACCGCCGGACUCACUUAUGAUCUACCACGGGGCAAGUAA